GUCAUUCAAUAAUAACUAACAUGAUCAAAAUUUAGUUUGUAACAAUUUUCUCAGCUACCAGACACUGUACACCCCAUUUUCUUCCAUUCUUCUCCUUCUUUACAGUUUCCUUCAAACCAAAUUUCACCAUAAAAAACUCCUACUUUUUCACUAUUACUAUUACUAAAGUGUUCAACUAUAUAUAGUUAUCAUUUGUAGGUGACUUGAAUGGCGGAUUUGCAAGCAAGUAACUAACUGAUCAACAAAAAUGGAACCUGAGGAGCCUGAAGAGAACAUUACUCACAUGGAUGCUUCGCUGUAUAAGGCAGCAGCAGAAGGCAACAUUGAAGUAUUCAAUAAUAACCAGGGGCUUCAACUUGAGUCGCUAAAGACCCUAAACCAUGACAACGUGCUCCAUGUUAACUUGGCAAACGAGGAGAUUGUUGCCUGGCUUUUUAACAGAUUUCUCUCAAUACUGGAAUUCCUCCCCGUACAAUAUGUAUCAUUCAAUCGGUAUUUGAGAUUUUACAUUACUAUGAUAAAAAGAGAAAAGAGAACAGGUUUUAUCGAACAAAUUCUCACCAAGUGUCCGCCACUGCUACUCCAAACGAAUGCUAAAGGUCAAACUCCUUUGCACGUUGCAGCAAGGUAUGGACAUUCUGCUAUUGUGAAACUUCUAAUCAAGUCUUGUGCAAAAGCUAGAGGUGGAGAUUUAGAGAAGCUGGGAACGGAUCAAGUAAAUGCAGUGAGGGAGAUACUGAGGAUUACGGAUCAGGAAUCCAACACGGCUUUACAUGAAGCAGCACGGUGUGGCAAUGCUGAAGUGGUAAAAGCAUUGUUGGAGUUUGAAGACCCUGAUUUUCCGUAUUCUGCCAACACAAAACAGGAGACUCCACUUUACAUAGCAGCUAGGAAGAGAGGAUCUGGGCGCUUGUUGACUCUAUUAUUAGAUAAUUUCAAAUCAACAGCUCAUGGCGGCCCCCACGGUAGAACAGCUUUGCAUGCAGCAGCUACAUGCAAGGGCAAUAAGGGUAAUAUUAAAGAAGAAGGGGAAUUUGACGAAGAAAAGAGAUGAAGAUGGACACACCCUCACCAUUGUCAUUAAUUAAAUUUUAUUUGGUGCUAUCUAGGAAGAAAUAGAUCCCAUCAUCAAAUCACAUUAUUAUAUUUGUUAAAUUAUUUUUAAUUAUUAAAAUAAAUAUUUGAAAUAU